AUGGAGAAAGACAUAGUCAAUGACUGUGUGCAUAUUGAAUUAUUAGCAAAAAGUGCAGCUAAAAUAGCUAGUUAUAAUUUCACGUGGCAAUAUGUGACUUUACUUCUUAUGAAUUCUACUCUCUUUUGUGGAAUCAACUCUUUCUUAGAAUAUUACAAUAAAACUACAGUUAUUGCCACCGAAAAUUUAAUACCACAUUUGAAUGAACACAGUCGACAAUUUGUGCUGUUUGGUAACAAUUUGAGAAGUAUACUGGACUUGGUAUUGUGGAUUAGCUAUCAUGAAUAUGAUAGCACUGGAAAAUUUAUAAUUAUAUGUCAAUCGAUAUUAAAAAAGGAUUGUGAUGAGAUAGAAGCUGUUAACAUUUUUUGGAACUAUAAAAUAGUGAAUAUUAUUUAUAUUAACUAUAAGCAGAAUUACGGUGCCAUGGGUUAUUCUUAUGAUUAUGGAAAGAAUUGCCAGAAUGGUCCACCUGUACUAUUAAAAAACUGGGAUAACUGUAUUAAUACUGAUAGAAAUUAUUGUAGAAAAAAAUACCCUAUAAAAUUACAAAAUCUACAUGGCUGUCCUGUUAUAGUAUCUACGUUUAUGCAAAAACCAUACAUGAAUUUUAGUAGUGGUGUACCAACAGGGGCGGAUGGCGAUUUACUAAAUAUAAUAAUUGAAGCAUUAAACGCUCGUCUCAUAUUAAUGACCCCUUGGCGAGGAGAUGGUUGGGGAAAUCUUGACCAAAAUGGUACUUGGGUUGGUUCUCUCGGAGAUUUGUAUUAUGAUUUAGCUAACUUCUCUAUGACAUCGGCGAGUAUUACUCAAACACGACAUAGGGAUUUUCAUAUUUCAAAAUUUUAUUACACAGUCAAUGUGGGUUGGGUGACUCAUCCUCCAGAAAAAGAAAUGUCAUCGUAUAAACUCUUAAGACCAUAUAAAGUAGACGUAAGAAUUGCUAUACUUAUUUCAUUUGGAAUUGUUAUUUGUAUUGUGCUAUUUCUUAAAACUAAAAUUUGUGCGUUAAUAUUUAAGAAAUUUAGUUUUGGCCGCUCUCCGACGAGUGUAUUGUUUUUAUCUUGGGAAAUUUGCAUGGGCCAACCAACUCUAAUACUUUCAUCUAAAAUGGCGUUAUCGUAUUUAGUAAUAAUUUGGAUUUGGUACUGUUUCCUUAUGAGAACGUUUUAUCAAGUACACUUGAUAAAUUGUUUGAAAAAUGACGUUUAUUUAGCUGACCUAACGAGUAUAGAAGAUGCUAUUAAGGAAAAUUAUCCAUAUGGUGGAGGCACUGCUUUAAAAGAUUAUUAUAUUGAUCAACCUUUAGUUUAUUAUAAUUGGAAACAAAAAUAUAGCUCACAAUAUGAAGAAAUAAUGCUUAACUUAACAAAAGGUAUGAAAUUUCUUUUAGCUAUGAAUUUAGCUACCGCAAAGGAAUUCCUCAAAAAACCAGGUAGAAAAUUGCACAUUUUACCGCAGACUAUUGUAAGCUGUCCAUCAGUUAUUUUCUUCAAAAAAUUUUCGCCAUUCACUAAGCCCAUUAAUAGAAUAUUAGAUCGUUUAGUUGAAUUUGGCUGGCCCAAUAUGCUUUUUAGAAAUUAUACUACGACAGUUAUUCAAAAUGCUGAAGAUGAAGACAAACCCAUAACGUUAAAGGAACUCUUACCAGUAAAAACGCCUAUUUUGGAGGAUAUAGGUCGAGUUACUGCCAAAAUUGCUUAUUACAAUUUUGAUUGGCGAUAUGUGACACUCGUAAUGUAUAGUUCACUGCAAAAUGUAAUAGUAUUGGAAACAUUUCUAAAAUGGUAUAGUCAGUCUGUUAUUUUGAAAUUGGGUAAAUUUAUUCCGCAUAGACGUUUCACAAUACCACAGUUCGUAAUUUUUGGCGAGGAUUCAAAUGAAUUAGUCGAUGCUAUUAUUUGGUUGGAUAAAUGUAAGUAUGAUAAUUCGGGAAAAUAUAUUAUAAUUUGUACAUCCAAUGAAUAUAGAAAAUGUGAUCCAACACAAGUGUUUCUUGCCUUGUCACGUGUUUUAAUCAUAAAUAUUAUUUAUAUUACACUGAAAAGUGACACUGAAUAUGAAUUGUACUCUUAUGAUAUUAUACUCCCUGGGAAUUGUAAAAACAGUGAACCUUAUAAGCUUCAUAUAGAUAAGAGUUGUACAGAAGAAGAAUGUUUUAAAACCCUAUAUACAAAAAAAAUUAAAAACUUCUACAAGUGUCCGCUUUUUGUAUCAACUUUUGAACAGCCACCAUUCAUGUAUAUAAAUAACGAGACUUCAGAACUUUCAGGAGGAGAUGGCGAAAUCAUAAAAUUCGUAGCUCAUAAAUUAAAUGCUACGCUACGAGUUAAAAUUCCUGAGGGAGGAAAUGAUUGGGGACAUUAUCAAGACAAUAAUUGGACUGGUUCUUUGGGAGAUGUUUACAACAACCUUGUCCAUAUAUCCGUACGUGCUUUGCCCCUCUCUGAAUAUACAUAUGGAAACUUCACAAGUUCAUUCGUAUACAAUUCCAUGGAUAUCGUAUGGACUGCAGCCAUGCCUAUGCUCAAGCCUUCUUGGCAAAAACUUCUAAACCCUGUGGAUACUAGUAUACGAAUAGGUUUAUUUCUAAUGUUUGCUGGUAUUGCUCUGGUCAAUAGUGCAACAAAAUUGGAUAUUUGUAAAAGAAUUCGGACCGCAUUUAAAAUCGGUCCUUUGACAUCUAGCUUAUUAUUUUACUCAUGGGCAUUAUUUUUAGGUAUACCAAUAUUAAAAAUGCCAACGAAGCAGUCUCUACUUAUUUUAGUUUAUAGCUGGAUUGGGUAUUGUUUUGUUAUUAGAAAUGCUUAUCAAGCCGCAUUGAUGGGUUCUUUAAAAACACAAGUAUAUGAAGACUAUUUUUAUACUUUUGAUAGUGUUAUAAAAGGACGAUACCCGUAUGGUGGCUUUGCAAAUCUAAGGGAAUAUUACGCAGAAGACGCAUUUAUUUAUGAAAAUUGGGAAAUUAUGGAAUUCAACCAAGCAUAUGAAAUUUUAGACAAAAUUUCUAAUAGAUCUUCUGAUUUCGUCUUAGCUCUUAAUAAAGAAAAUAUAAUACAAUUUUUAGUAGAUGGUGGUGAUAAUAGACGCGUGCAAAUAUUGCCUCAAAAGAUAGUCAAUAGUCCAUUAGUCAUGUAUUUUAAGAAGCACUCGAUCUUUGCUCCUUCGGUAAACCAUAUUUUGAGAACUGCAGUGGAAGCUGGCUUUACUCAAAUAAUGCACAAUAGAUAUUUGAGACAUAAGAAAUAUUUAUUCCAAAUGGCUAAAGACAACUAUUACGAUCCCCUCACUUUAGAUAAUUUUAAAUCGUGUAUGUUUUUACUAGUUUUUGGGUGGUUUUUGGCACUUAUAUUUUUUGUAGCUGAAGCGUAUUUUGGGCAUCUGGAGGAUGAUGAAUUU